UGAGAGACAUCAGCGCAUCUGAUGAGUUGCGAAGAGGAGAAAACGCGUAGAUGCUGUUACAGAAGCCGGAGAAAAAGAAAAGGCUUCCAAGGGUCAGACGGAGGCGCUGCGCCGGCGUCGAUUCGCCCCCGCGGGAUCGAACCCAGUCGAAACCGUUGAUGACAUCGGGGAUCCGUCUCUCCGCGUCCGCCGGUGCUUGAUCAGUUUCCACCAGUUACAGCAGAAAAGAUUUAUCUUGGAGAGCAGAAUUGUGUAAAUUGGCACCAGUCCUAAGCAAUCCCGUUGAGUUAUCAGUGGCUGCAUGCUGGCACAAUUUUUUUCCCAUGUUAUGCGGAACGAAGGGUCAAGGGAUUUUCUAUCUUUGUAGGCAUAACUUUGGUGUUGAUGUUUGUGCCCAUUUACCCUCCUCUAUAAAUGGACUGUUGUAGAAGCAGCGCAUAGUGGAUUUUGUAUGCCCAUUUGUCUCUCUUUCAGUCUAUGUAUAGAUUGAUAUAAUGGACGAGAGGAGGACUAUUUUGAUGGGACGUUAUGAAAUCGGGAGGCAGUUAGGACAAGGAAACUUUGCUAAGGUAUAUUAUGCUCGGAAUCUGACAAGUGGACAGGGUGUUGCAAUAAAGAUAAUUGAUAAGGAGAAGGUCAUGAGGGUCGGGCUAAUGGUGCAGAUAAAGAGGGAGAUUUCAAUAAUGAGAUUGGUAAGGCAUCCAAACGUUCUGCAACUUUUUGAGGUAAUGGCUAGCAAGAGCAAGAUUUACUUCGUUUUGGAGUAUGCGAAAGGCGGUGAACUUUUCAGCAAAAUAUCCAAGGGAAAGUUCACCGAGGAUGUUGCAAGGAGGUAUUUCCACCAAUUGAUCAGUGCCGUGGACUACUGCCACAGCCGAGGUGUUUACCAUCGGGACUUGAAGCUGGAAAACCUACUUUUGGACGAGAAUGAGAACCUGAAAGUCUCGGAUUUUGGUUUAAGUGCCCUAGCUGAGUCUAAGAGACAAGAUGGCCUCCUCCAUACCACCUGUGGAACUCCAGCGUAUGUUGCUCCUGAAGUGCUCAGUAGGAGAGGCUAUGACGGUGCGAAGGCUGACAUAUGGUCUUGUGGAGUAAUUCUUUUUGUGCUUGUGGCUGGUUACCUUCCUUUCCAUGAGACAAAUCUUAUAGAGAUGUAUAGGAAGAUUUCUAAAGCUGAAUAUAGGUGCCCUCGUUCUUUUUCUGUUGAGUUGAAGGACCUGCUUUUUAGGAUGCUUGAUCCAGAUCCAGGUACUAGAAUUUCUAUCUCAAGGAUAAAGAGGAGCACUUGGUACAGAAAACCCAUUGAGUUAAAUGCACUGAAAAUCAAGCACGAAACAAGAGACAAGGUGUGUAAAGGUGAAGCCACAACCUCUGACUCUACGGAAUGCAGUAAUUCAGAGGAAAAUCAAGGGUCAUCGAGCCUCCAAAACUUGAAUGCAUUUGACAUCAUUUCCCUUUCAACGGGAUUUGACCUAUCCAAUUUGUUUGAAGAAAAAUAUGUCCGGAGGGAAGAGAGAUUUACCACUAGGCAGCCGGCAGGAAUUGUAUUUGCUAAGCUAAAUGAAUUGGCCAACCGCUUGAGGCUCAAAAUUAAGAACAAAGAAAACGGGGUUUUGAAACUGGCUGCAUCAAAGGAAGGAAUCAAGGGAUUUCUUGAGCUGGAUGCAGAGAUUUUUGAGCUUACUCCUUCUUUCCUUUUAGUUGAGUUGAAAAAGACCAAUGGGGACACCAUAGAGUUUCAAAAGCUCGUGAAAGAUGAAAUAAGGCCUGCACUUAAGGAUAUGGUUUGGGCUUGGCAAAACGAUCGGCACCAGCAGCCUGAGCAAUUUAUGCAAGGAGAGCAGCAGCCACCACGUUUGCCAUCACAGCAGCCACAGAACGAGUUGCAACCGCCAUUGUUAUGACAAGGUCGACAGUACUUUUGAACCACUGAUGCUGCAACAUGAACCACACAAACAUUUUCAAUUUUCUACCGCCACUAUCAGUUUACUACCAGUCCACCACACCAAUUGCUGGGCUAGUUUCAACAGCCAGAGUUGUGUUCGAGGAAAAAAAUUCAACAGCCAGAGUACCUGAUUGUAUGUUCCGGUUACUCUUUUCUAGUAUCUCCAUUCCCUACCAUUUUUGGCAUUUUUCCUUGUUUAGCUCCUUAACGUUUCUGUAUUUCUUUCCAUAUUGUAUAUUCCAUGUUUGCUACAAAUGUAGAGUAUAAUCUACUCAUUUCAAUUUUGGGAACACGUGUUUACUACAGAGAUCUUGGCACGCAACCAUUACCAUAUCUUGGUAUUCAAUGUAACUAAUGAAUCUCACCUUCUUGUUGCU